CUCGCCUCCCCGGGCCGCGGCGGGCCCGCUGCCGCCCUCCCCCGGCGCCGCGGCGGGCGGGAGGAUGGAACAGGGGCUGUCCGCCAUCACCCUCUACUGCGCGCCCGCCGCCGGCGCCAUGGAGCCCGAGCAGCAACUUUCAAAGGGAGAUAGUGGCUUUGAGAAUGUGGAGCUGGGUGUCAUAGGAAAGAAAAAGAAAAUUCCAAGGAGGGUUAUUCAUUUUGCAAGUGGAGAAACAAUGGAAGAAUACAGCACAGAUGAAGAGGAAGAUGAACAAGAGAAAAAAGACCUGUUGCCACCUGUAGAUCCUACAACACUCACGUGGGGACCCUACUUGUGGUUUCACAUGCUGCGAGUUGCCACAUCAACCUUAUCAGUGUGUGAUUUCCUGGGAGAAAAGAUUGCAUCUGUUCUGGGGAUAAGCACACCAAAAUAUCAAUAUGCCAUUGAUGAGUAUUACAGAAUGAAGAGAGAGGAGGAAGAGGAGGAACAGGAAAACAAAAUGUCAGAAGAAGCAGAAAGACAGCAUCAGGAACAGCAGAACAAGCCACAAGCUGAAGCUCCUGUCCAGACAGACCAGCCUGGAGCAACAGCAUGCUCUUCAUUCGUGAAUGUAAACUUUGAAAGUGAGGGAGAUUGCCCGCCCAUUGCAGAAAAUAAAGAAGAUGUAGUUCCUGUCCCUCCUUAAGUGUAAAGCUCUGUAUAAUGUAGGAAAUAAGAACUGUCAGGUGUCACAAUCUGCCUAUAAACAGGAAAAAUAGGAUUAUACUUGUUCAGUGAAAUACAACUCCUACCAUUCUUAUUGAUCAGGAGAGAGCUAGGUGAUGUCUGUUCAGUCUGUCUGCCUAAUAAGGCUGAGGCAUUCUGCCAAAUUGGCACUUCAGUUAAAAUGAAAAUUGCACUACAAACAUUUGGUCUGAAAUUGAAUGUGUGAGCUAAGUUCUGUGUAAAGCAAGUAGAAAUGUCUUUUCUUUGAAUUGCUGUGUCUCUCAACACUUGUGGAUUGCAGAGGCAGUGCUGUUUCCUACUUCUAAAAACCUGAUUUGCACAUUGUUUGCAACUCGGCUCUCUAUGAAUAGAUUAAUAGGAAUUAAUAUCCUGUAACUCAAAAGUAAUUAUAAUAGAGUCUUAUUUCCCCUAUUUAUUGUCACUGUUGUAUGCAUGUAUUUUUUUCUGUUGUUAACACAAGAGAAAAAUGUUAGAUUUAAUGUUAAUUAGAAUCAAGGGUCCACUGACUUUUUUUUUUUAAAGUAAAGAAAUUCCAGCUUUCCAGGAGGCUAUAAGCACCCUUAAGAACUUAGGACAAGUACCACCACUCUUGGAGGCUAAUAGUGCUCAGCUGCUCCAUGCAGUGCUGUAGCAAAGUUCAGAACUAACAUCAGUGUAGGAUGUUCUCACUCCUAACCCAAGAAUUAAGAGACCCGUGUGCUUAAAUGCAUACUCUUAAUAGUCCUGGAAAGAAACUAAAGUCUUGCUAAAUUAUGUUAAGUGCACUGGACACUCUAUGUAGUACCAGUCUAGAACUAUGAACUCUUCUGGACAUCGAUUACCCAAUUUAGGAAAUAAAGAGAGGUUUACGUAUGAUUAGGAUCUAGAAGAAAAUUCUUAAAAACAGUUUUAUUAUAAAAAUUAUCACCAUCUUUCCUGAAUGGUUUUCUGUAGUCCUAUUUCACUCACAAACAUUAGGUUACUGUACUUCAGUAACCUAAACAAACUCUGUGUCUAAUAUUAAAUUACCAGGAAGGGAUGUACCACUGCAGGUGGUUUUCACCCUGUAAGCACAGAAUACAUAAAUAACUAGAAACAACAAAACCAAACUUACCACUCUUUCCUUCUCUUAAAUAAUGUGUUGUGAUACUGCACUUGGAACAACAGAAAUUUUUCUCUAAAUGAAGUGCAGGUAGCUCCAGAGCAAAUAGCAAUUAAGGCUCUUUUAGUGCAAUGACUGUUGCACCUGUAGCUUGUAAAAGGUGAAUGGUUUACUUCGCAACAAUCAGAUGUCAUUGCCCCAGUCAUUUUCUGUGGACAACUGUUGCAGGCAAAGGAGCAGAGAACCUGCACUAGUUAGCAUGUAAAACAGUACUUCUGUCCUUGAGAUUUCUAAAAAAAAAUUUAAAAACAGUCUUCAGCAAAACUGGGUUGUUGGGUAUCAUGACGUGUCCCUGGCCUUGCUCCCACUGCCAACUGAGGAGCCUGAUGUAACACCACAGGCCAGGUAACUUGGCUCUUAGUUUCUGGAAUGGUUACGUAUUUCAGAUGACCCUGUGCCUGAACCAGUGUCCUGUACAGCACAAACUCUUCCUCUCAUCUGUCUGUGGCACUCCAGCACCACAGAAAAGCUAAGGAGGAGGAUUCAGUCUUCAGCUCUAGGCCAUCUAUUUAGAUACUCCAUUCUUUGCCUUUUCUGAAUUGUAAGACCGAGGGUGCUGACCACUGUGUAAAAUCCCUCCUUAGCCCUGAACAUCUGCAAGAGACAGCUUGGUUCAACACCUGGGGAAUACACAGAAAACAAGCUUGUUCUCUUGUGGAGUUAAUUCUCUUAAGAGUUCUUAGAGCGUCAAAGAAAGAAAACCUCACAUAGCUUGAGUAAUACCUUGCCAGCUGGAGAAUACUUUGCUUUUCUUCCAAGAAAUUAAUGUCAGUUGGUUUUUUUAUCUCCUUUCCCUACUAUUUCUUGUGUAACAAAUGCUCUCACUGCCUUCUUUGUAUAAAAUACUGUAUUACUCACUGUGCCUUAACUUAAUCCUUCCUUUUUUGCAAACUGUAUGAAAGUGGUUACUUUCGUAUUGGUUUUUCUGUAAAUGCAUUAAUUGGUUAUUUUAUAUUUAAUAUAAUUUUUGAACUGGAAGUUGGCUAUGGAUUUUCCUUUAAAACUGUGUGGUCUUUGAAACUUUAUGCCUGUACACAGGUGUGCGUGGCUGUUUAGUGUUGUCAUCUUUACUAAGUCACACAUCCUGGUUGAAUAUUCAGGCACCAGAAUUCAAAAUAUCAUUUUACCCCCACCCCUUCCUUAGACUCUUGUGUAGUACUCUGUGUUCAGCACUACCUCAAACUAAUAAACCAUGCAGAAUUGCAAACA